AUGGGCUGCUCAGGCGGUGGUGGAAGGGAAGGGUGGAGAAGAUGCGUCAACCCCACCCCCCCUCUCUCUCUCUCUCUCUAA